AACCCAUUCACAGACACACCUAUCUCACCUACCAAUACCGCCAGAAUGGGAAAUCAAAACUCGGCGAUCCUGGAAAACAUAGCCUCAGGCUCGAAUUUCGACAAGGAGGAGGUCGAUCGCUUGAGGAAGCGGUUCAUGAAGUUAGACAAGGAUAACUCUGGCACCAUCGAGCGCGACGAGUUCCUCGCCCUACCCCAGAUUUCCUCCAACCCUCUUGCUACACGCAUGAUCGCCAUAUUCGAUGAAGAUGGCGGUGGCGAUGUCGACUUCCAAGAGUUCGUAUCUGGUCUGUCGGCGUUCAGCAGCAAAGGCAACAAGGAGGAGAAGCUUCGGUUCGCUUUCAGAGUGUACGACAUUGAUCGCGAUGGGUACAUUAGCAACGGAGAGCUCUUCAUCGUGCUGAAGAUGAUGGUUGGAAGCAAUCUCAAGGACCAGCAGCUGCAGCAGAUUGUGGACAAGACCAUCAUGGAGGCAGACUUGGAUCGCGACGGAAAAAUCAGCUUUGAGGAGUUCACCAAGAUGGUGGAGAGUACCGAUGUUACCAUGAGCAUGACGCUGGAUCAAUUCUAGUCUAGCACUACGAGAGUAUUCAUGAUGAAAUGCGGAAACCGGAACCUUAUAUUUUGGCGAGGAGUUCGGGGUUUUCAUAUCUUUCUCGGAGGGUUUGACAGUGUUCGAUAUCC